CGUCCAUCAUGUUUGCUUUUCAAGACCACGCUACUGUGAAGAAAGUUGUCAAAGCCCUACCAUCUGUUGGUGUGGGUGUAAGUACGGUAUACCACAGUCAAGGAGAGCGUCUUUAAUGUCUCCUCGUCAGAUCUUUCAACAGUCCAACAUGACUCAGAAGUGGCAACGACGAGAAAUUUCUAAUUUCGAAUACCUGAUGUUCCUUAAUACUAUUGCAGGACGAACAUAUAACGACUUGAACCAGUUUCCCGUUUUCCCAUGGGUUAUCACGAACUACGAAGCCCAAGAAUUAGAUCUCAGUCUACCAAGUAACUACAGGGACUUGUCGAAACCAAUCGGGGCACUGAAUCCCAGUCGUAAAGCAUACUUUGAGGAUCGGUACGAGACAUGGGAACACGAAACUAUUCCUCCGUUCCACUUUGGAACCCACUACUCAACUUCAGCCUUCACCCUCAACUGGCUAGUGAGGGUGGAGCCUUUCACGACUAUGUUUCUAGCCCUUCAAGGAGGAAAGUUUGAUCAUGCAAAUCGCAUGUUUUCCUCUGUUGCUCAGGCCUGGAAAAACUGCCAACGAGAUACUUCUGAUGUUAAGGAGCUGAUUCCUGAAUUUUAUUAUUUGCCUGAAAUGUUUGCUAACAAGAAUGGCUACCAGUUAGGAAAGCAAGAGGAUGGGAGUGUUGUGGGGGACGUGUAUCUGCCCCCGUGGGCAUCAUCCCCAGAGGAGUUUGUACGAAUCAACCGUAUGGCUUUGGAAUCAGAGUUUGUAUCUUGUCAACUCCACCAGUGGAUAGACUUGAUUUUUGGCUACAAACAGAAAGGUCCAGAGGCUGUUCGUGCAACAAAUGUGUUUUAUUACUUAACAUAUGAAGGAAGUGUAGACUUAGAGAAUAUGAAGGAUCAAGCAAUGAAAGAAGCUAUUGAAAAUCAGAUAAGAAGUUUUGGUCAGACACCCUCUCCUCUCCUGAUGGAACCACAUCCUCCUCGGAGCUCAGCCAUGCAUAUUAGUCCAAUGAUGUUUUCACCAGUCACUGAAGAAGUAUGCAUGAUUAUCAAGUUUCUAUCCAACUCUCCAAUCUGUCACAUUUCAGCAAAUACUUACCCACAGCUGCCUUUACCAUCUGUUGUAACAGUAACCUGUAACCAAAACUUUGCUGUCAAUCGAUGGAAUUCGUCAUUCUCGGGUCCUCUUCACAGUUCCCCAUAUUCAGAAUCUUCACAAACUUCACAAAAUCAGCUGCCACUGUCCAUGGAUCCUUUGCUCAUGAUGAAUGUGGGAUCACAAAAGAGACAUCUUGGAGAUAACUUUAGUGAACAUGUCCGAAUGAGAUCCAGCUGUUUUGUGACCACCGUUGAUAGUCGUUUCCUAAUAGCUUGUGGGUUCUGGGAUAACAGUUUUAGGGUGUUUUCAACAGAAACAGCUAAAAUAAUCCAGAUCAUCUAUGGUCACUUUGGAGUUGUUUCAUGUUUGGCUCGGUCCGAGUGCAACAUCACGUCAGACUGCUAUGUUGCAUCAGGAUCUGAAGACUGCACUGUUCUCUUGUGGCACUGGAAUGCUCGGACACAGAGUAUUGCUAGUGACAAUAUAAACCCAG